GAGCAGCUUGGUGCUAGGAGGAACUGCUGGGUGAAGAAGUAGAGGAGGAAGGAGGAAACAACCUGAAGGGAACAGAAGAGGCUGCUUGGAACACAUCAGGAUUAAUAGUGGACGGAUAUAAGAGUGGGAGGUGUUUUGAGGGAGGCUGUUUGGUUGAUGUAAAGCGAGAUAAGUAAGCUAGUCCUCGAUCUGAUCAUCGAAGUUUGUGCUGAAGAAGUUGACCACGGCUCGGCUAACCAAUAACGUUGUCUACGGGGCUGUGGUCCACUACUGACACAGACCUGCACUCUAAAGACAGACAACAUGGUGUCCUGGAUGAUCUCGAGGACUGUGGUGCUGGUGUUCGGGACUCUGUAUCCUGCAUACUACUCCUACAAAGCUGUCAAGACCAAGAACGUCAAGGAAUAUGUGCGAUGGAUGAUGUACUGGAUUGUGUUUGCACUGUACACUGUGCUGGAGACCAUCACUGACCUGACACUGGCAUGGUUCCCUCUGUACUAUGAGCUAAAGAUAGCCAUUGUGAUCUGGCUGCUGUCCCCCUACACCAGAGGAGCAAGUCUCAUUUACAGGAAGUGUCUGCACCCGCUCCUGUCCUCCAGAGAGAGGGAAAUAGAUGAGUACAUCGUGCAGGCCAGAGAGAGGAGCUACGAGACCAUGGUCAACUUUGGCAAACAGGGACUGAGCAUUGCAGCCACUGCUGCCGUCACUGCAGCUGUCAAGGGUCAGGGCGCCAUCACAGAGAAGCUGCGCAGCCUGAGCAUGCACGACCUCACACAGAUCGGCCAGCAGGACGACCGAGGAGGAAACCAGCUCUACCAGUACAGCUCCCGCCAGGCCAACCCGGCCAUCAGGAGAUCUCAGAGCAGCGACGCCGCAGACGAAGCUGAGUACUUUUAUGACCAGGAGGAGAGGACGGAUGAAGAGGCGGAGCCAACCUUCUCUGAAGACGAGGCCGUCACCCAGAAAGGACUGAGACGAUCACAGAGCGUCAAAAUCACACGAUCCAGAGUCCGCAAAGAUGCUCGUUAUGGAUCUCUGAAGAUUAAAUCCAAGAAGAGACCAACCCUGAGCUCCAUCAACUAUGGACAGUGAAGAGACUACUGCUGACACACUCACACGUUCACACACACCCACACACACACACAGUUACACACACGUACACACACAGUUACACACACACAGACAAACAGCAGAGCAGUCUUCUGAUUGGUGCAUGGGUUUGUCAGCCUGUAUUCCAGCUGUUCUCGGUCUGACUUUAAAUCUCCUGAACUCUUUUAUCCUUUUCCUGACGAGCGUUCUCCUCGUCACAUAUUUAUUACAAACAAAGAGAAGAGAGGCAGAAAGUCUGAGAGACCUGCUGACCUCUGAGGGACCUGGACCUCUCAGAGAGGAGUCACUUUAGGAGAGCAGAUAACACGUGACUCUGGGUUUGAGGCAUAAAUAAUGUUUUGUGGAUGAAACUAAGUUUCUGAUGUUCUUUCAUUGUAGUUUAAUUGUAGUUUUCAGGCGUGAUGUGUGUCUCAUGUAGUCUUUUAGUUGUUGGGUCCGUCUGUUUGAGUCCUCUUGCUUUAUUUCAUAUAGACUUUUUUUUUGUACCACUUUUUAAAGAAGAAUUCUUUAUAAAGAAUUCAUGAACUAAAAACCAAAGGCUUCACUUGUAGUGAAAUCAUGGAGUCCUUUUUAUGAGACUGUUCUAAGCCGUCAAUGAUGAAACACACCUGAGCUUGGUUAAACAAACUCAGGGCUUAUCACCAGCUUUGCAUUUCGCUUCAGCUCAGAGUUGAUUGAAAGCUUCAACGUCCUCAUAGUGCGAGGCUUUUUGCUCCACGCCUGCUGAGCACCUGUAAAUGGGGCUCCGUUUGUAAAGAUGAAAAUAACUGAAAAUAACAUCUACAAUUCUCCACAUUUAGCUGAAUUCUUUAAAGUCACUUUUUGGUACUAAUGACACCCAAUAGAAAUUCACACUGCAGCAGAACGGAAGUACCAAAAUAAAAGCCUCAUAAAGCGAUUCAGACAUCCCAGCCAUAGUCUGUCAGUACUGACUCCUACAGGUUAAAGCCGGACUGACCGCCCUAAAAUGUUUUAAAGACAGUUUUGGAGGUCGUUUAGAGAUUUCACAACACUCAGAGUCAGAACUGACCCGGUCUAUGGUACGGACAAGCUAAGUUGCUAUUGCUAAGUCUGUAUCUCUUUAUGAAGCUUUUAUUUUGGUAUUUCCGCUGAGUAUGAAUUUACAUAUCAGCUAAAUAUUUAGGAUCACAGAGCAACAUUAAACAUUUAGAUUUAACAUUUAGAUUUAACAUUAAGAUUUAACCAAGCGGCAAACUCCGGUCUCAAAUGAUGAAGCCCAUGCGGAAGUGCUAUAAACUGCAAUACAUAGAAAAUCUGCUUGAGGCUGGCUGCAGAAACACCAGAAACCACAUAGACAUGAAUGGGAAAAAGACGAUCUUUGCAGCAUUAAUAAACAUGUUUACAGCCUGGUUCAAAAAACGGCUUGGCCCUACAACGCUAAUCUCUCUAAUGGCACACACUGUACGGGGGGUGAAUUUUUUUCUAACAUGACGGUUAAGAAGAUAUUAAGAUUACAAGUUUUGCCCAAAUAAGGACAUGACUGACGUGACUGCCGGUCGGGAACACACAGCCAUUGGCUAAGGGGCUCACACUACGUCACACUCUGCCUAGUUGAGUUCUGCAUUACCAAUAUGGCUGCUGCCGUCGAUUUGCUUCAAAACAGCUCUCAGGAACAGAUGGGUGACGUCACAGAUACUACGCCCAUAUUUUAUACAGUCUAUGGAUUUAACAUUAGGAUUUAAUAUUUAGAUUCAACAUUUAGAUCUAACAAUCAACAUUUAGAUUUCUAUUUAACAUUUGGAUUUAACAGUGAUUUAACUUAAUAUAUUUUUCACAACAAAAUUAAAUGUGAAGAAGAUCACAAAAAUUCCUCUAAAUGUGAUAAAAAAGUGACUUUUAAAAAUUCAUUCCACAUUUUUAUGGCAUUUUAGAGCUCAAUGUGGAGAAAUGUAGCUGUUAUUUUCAGUGUGCACAACUUUACAAACGGCACCUCAUACGUGAAAGCUGAUGAAGUUUAGGAUUAUUUCUGAGAAGUUGAAUCACUUUGCAUCACAGACUUUUUAUUAAUGCUUCUAAGUGGCAGCCUUCUUAAAGCUGAGCUUUGUACCAUCUUAAAAACACGUAUGAAGAGAAGCUCAUUAAACCUAGUCCACGUUUGGUUUGUGCUGCCUUCAGGUAUUUCUUAAAGAGAGGCUCAUUCUCAGUAGAACCUCCAACACUAUGGUAGGAGUCCAUUUCACUUCCAUACAGCUCACUGAACUAAUGGAGGUUAUUUUUAUGCUGCGCAACAUUCCCUGUCACAGGUGACAGUAUGAGAGCCAAGCAGGACACCCACGACCCACAAUCACACCUGAACUUUUGGACAGAGUGGAGUUUUUGUCUCAAGUGUGGAGCUCAGCCUGUCACAGUGAAGGAGGAAGAGGAGGAGGAGGGAGACACCAGCAAAGAGACAGAAGGGUUGAGAAAUCAAUGAAGAUUCCUCCAGCCUUCCAGAGGCCGAGCUCUCACUCACCGUUCAUGCUCUUUUCAUUUUUCCUGCUUUCUCCUCCUGUGUUUUUAUAAGAUCACAGCUCGGGUUGUACAUUUUUAUGAAGAUUAGAUUUUACGAUGUUGUACUUUGGUGUGUUUGUGUGUAUUUUAGAUCAAAAGGAGUCUUUUAUAUUGUAACCACCUUUUUUUGCACAUAUACCUCCUCCCAGACCUUUUUAUGGAUGCUGACGCUGCGUGUCAUCUCAUUUUUUUUAUGUACUUUUGCUUUGGGAGGAUGCAGCACACGGCUAAUACCAACAGACUCUCAUGACAUUUAGAGUUUUGGCUUGUUUUCUGUCCUCAGUGCUAAACACAAGGUACUGCACGUUUGAUAGAUGCUUCUAUAGAUGCUGUUAUGGAAAGUUUUGCAGCUAAAACAGUCACUGAAAAUCAUUUAGUGUCUUUAGUGAUGUUUAUUUUGAGCCUAAUGUUAGAAUAAAGAGUUUCCCCACACAUACAGGUGGACAGCAGUGUCACAGGUGAUACUGCAGGUGUCUAACCCUGUUGGACCUUCACUGAGGCGCAGUAACAAGCCAAACCUCCUCAUGUCAUGACGUCCAUUUAAUGCUCAUAACUGACUAAUGAUACCAAAGCUUGAUGUACUCACGAGGGGCUGUGUGGCUGCUGGGUUUUUUGAUGUAUGUUGGGAAAUGUCUGGACUGUGUGUGGUUUGUUGAUGCAAUACAGUGAAGGCUGUUUGUUGCAAGGACAAUAAACAUAGUAUGUAUGAGGA